UGAUUUUAUACCUUAGUCAAACCAGCUUUACUGAGAGUUUUAGAAUCACCUGUACAAGGCACCCGUUUAGCAUUGCCAGAGACUGGCUCAUUCUGUGAUUAUUGUGCAAGGAUUCAUAAUUAGGACUGUAGGUAAACAUACCUCUGUCUUCUUGGAAAACUGAGAAUUACAGAGAAUGUUUAUGUGUCUUUGGUUUGGACACACCUGAGUUACCCUCCUCCUCUUAGUGGCCAAGAAAGUUGUCCUACCUGAUUUGCAAGUUUACCUGCCGGAGUCAUUAGAGGGGCACCUCCUCAGGCAGCGCUGGAUUUUACCUAGCUAAAAGCAAGACAGUUUUUACUUGGAGAAGCAGUGGGUCCUGAGUUCAUUACUACUACAAGAAAACUGUUCUCUCUGGAGCACAAAGAACUUUGCUUCUGAGCACCCCCGCCAGCUCAGGAUUCCAGUUGGGUAAAACUUCUCCAAGAGGAGAAUGGCAUCCUAUGUUCUGCAAAUAGCUGGACUGGUGAUUGGUGGUAUUGGCAUGGUUGGGACACUGGCCAUCACCAUCAUGCCCCAGUGGAGAGUGUCGGCCUUCAUCGGGAGCAACAUCGUGGUUUUUGAAAACCUCUGGGAAGGACUAUGGAUGAACUGCAUGAGGCACGCUAAUAUCAGAAUGCAGUGCAAAGUCUAUGACUCCCUGCUGGCUCUUUCACCAGACCUACAGGCAUCCAGAGGAUUGAUGUGUGCUGCUUCUGUGUUGUCCUUCUUGGCUUUCAUGACAGCCAUUCUGGGCAUGAAGUGUACCAGGCUGACCGGGGAUGAUGACAGUGUGAAGAGUCGCAUCCUGCUGAUCGCUGGAAUUCUCUUCAUUAUUACAGGCACUGUGGUGCUCAUCCCUGUGUCCUGGGUGGCUAAUUCCAUCGUCAGAGACUUCUACAACCCAGUAGUGGAUCCUGGACAGAAACGUGAGCUUGGAGAAGCGCUGUACAUAGGCUGGACCACAGCGUUGGUGCUGAUUGCUUCAGGGUCACUGUUCUCUUGUGUUUUUUGUUGCACCGAAAAGAGCAGUAGUUACAGAUACUCAGUACCAUCCCAUCGGACAACUCAGAAGAGUUUUCACAUGGAAAAGAAGUCACCAAGCAUCUACUCCAAAAGUCAGUAUGUGUAGUUGUCUAUUUUAACUUCAAGCAUAAAACUAUGCAAAUGACUGAAAUGUUCACAGCUUCCUACAACUAAAACCAUGCAAAUGACUUAAAUGUUCACAGCUUCCUAUAGCUAGAACUCAAAGGACAGUUGAUUUGGUAUCCUUAACUGCCUAGCAUUAAUUACAGGAACUGUGCACCAUCUAUGCUUCUAUAAACUAUUUUAGUCAGAUGAGAUAUUACUCACACUGCUUUCAUUGUUCUAGGAAGUACGACAGUUUGUUUUCCAAAAUGGUUUAUGCAUCUCUUUCUUGUAUUAGUUACUUCAAAAUGACUUUGCUAAAGAUUGUUAUUUUACAGCUGUGAUUUCUCUGUGUUAUAGCAUUAUGUGUGUAGAUGAGCAUGACGUUUAUAUCUCAUAUAGAGACAAGCUUAUAUGGUUUGAUUUAAAAUGAAAUACUGAUCCAUUACACUGAAUAAAUAGAAAUCAACUAUUGCUUUUCAAGGGAACCAGGGAUAGGAUUGAAGAAGGUUAAUAUUAAUUGUUUAAAAACAGCUUAGGGAUUAAUGAGCUCCAUGUGUAAUGAAGAUUAAAAUGAGGGCUAUAAUCAGCAGUGUAAAGGAAACUAAAUGGCUUUCUGAUAUCCCUUUUCCUCAGCAUAAGAGUUAGAAAUCCUAACUCCUUUAUCUUCUUUCCCAGGAGGCUUUUCCCUUCUUGUAUAUUAAAUGAAGAUGUUUUAAAAAGCAGAUAUUUCCUAAAGGGACAUUAUAUUCAAGCUACUUUUCCUGGGCUGUUCUAAGAAGGAAAAUAAAGCUAUAAUCUAAGAAAAAUCAGCAAUUUGAGGAAAUUGAAUUUAUUAUCUUUUUUUUGUAACUGUAGAAGGACAUAUUUUGACAAAAAAAUCAUAUAUAUAUGGGAAUAUUUCAAUGAAUAUUUGAGUGAACUCUUUGGGAUUUUAUCAAUAUAAAUGAAAUAAUCUAAAUAAUUUGAUUUGAUUUUUAUUUUCUUACAAGAAAGUGUACUCUGAAAAUUUAAUCUGCUCCUAUAUGGAUAUUUAAAUCAAAGUUGUCAUUUUAGCUCUUUCAGAGAUAUAUGUCUUUAUUUGUUCAAUUUUUAUUGAGUUUUGAUUAAGUAUACAAAUACUGUUUGUGUUUACUCCAAAUCUGAUGCAAUUGAUCAUCCAAUUCGGAAGUUUGCAUCUACAUUUGUCCAUUUAAAGGACUACUUGUGUUAUUUCCUUUAUGUCAUUUGUAUUAAUAAAUCGUACCUUUUCAUAGUUA